CUACAGUCUCGUGACAGUCCAGCAGAUGACACUCGUAUUCAGUCAAUGCGUAUAUUGCGUUUAUUGCGUGUUCCCCUACUCGGGCAUCUGUCUGUGCUAGUUGACAACCCACUCGUGUGCUUCACCUAUAAGAUGGCUGGCUGGUGCAAAUGGGCUGGCUCAUGCGAACCAACACGAAAUGUCGGCAGCACAGAGUACAGACACCCAUCCCCUCAUUCAGGCAUAGUUUCAGCUUCAGAAAAUAACGAAUUAAUGUAUGCAAAACAUGCAGGCCGCCAGGCACACACACACACACACAUAAACACAUAAACACCCAUUCGUUCAUGCAGAUGGGUGCUUAGCACCCCUCCCACCACAGCACAGCACAGCACAGCACCAAAAAGACCCACAGCACAGCCCAGCCACACAAAGAUAUGUAUGUGUAUAUGUGGACACACAACACGCACGAGUGACGUCCAUCCAGUGACUGACACGUAUGUCUGUACGUGUCUGUCCACACGGGUGGGUCAACCGACGCGAUGUAUCUGAGCACAGGUAGUUACUGACAUCAACUUAACACACACAGCACGCACACACAGAUGGCCUCCCUCACGGCAUGUUGACCUGCUCCACCCCAGCCACACUCAUGAGUUCAAUCUCGUAGCGCACCACAUGCAGCACCUCGAGCUCAUCGGCCACGAAGGUCCCGUUGCCACCGAACACACCGUCGCCGUACGCAUCCCUCACGCCCACAUAGCCCGCAGGGACGCGGUCUUUGGUAAUGUACUGGAGACACCUGCGGAUGUCGGCAGCCGGGCGGUCUUGGCCGGAGGGGCGGUCAAGGCCCCCGUAGCCGAGCCACAGGCGCCCCCCCACCACCACAUUAGCACCCACACCCGAAGCUUUCCUCCCCGCCACCUCGAUGUACCUCCGGCGCUCGUCGACGGGGAUCUUGGUCGCAUUCGAAAAGUGCCCGGCCAGCGAGAAGUGCCAGGUCUCUCCGGACCAGUACACCCUGUAGUCUUCGGGCACGGCGGGGAGGUAGAGGCCGGUCCCGACGAAGGCGCCAAAGACGUAAUCGUCCUUGCGGAUGAGAAACACCAGGCCGUCCUUGGUGUUGACCCUUCGCAGCAUGUUGCUGUAGCUGCUCCCGUGCACAGACGACCUACAGGUCAGUCACAGUCACACAGACACACACACAGCUGGUCAAUGCCUCCUCUGGUCGAUGUGUGUGUGCGUGUUGCCUGGCUGCCUACACAGAUCACAUCACAUGUGCUUGUGCACACCUGUAGACCGAUUCGACGCGCGUUUCGUUGACCAGCAGGCGACGCAGGUCGUCAUACUCCGACUGCGACAGGGAGGAGCCAACCGGCACACGGUCAACUGCCUGCACACGACGAACCUACAGGCAAGGCAAGGCAAGGCAAGGCAAGGCCAAUCAACACACACGUGAGCGCCAUUUGAAGGGGGGAGUGCACCACAGCAAGAUCUGGCCAGAUCACGGGUGUGUGCGCUUGCAUGGUACACACCUGUGGACGACACGCCACGAAGGGGGUGAGGGUAAGGACGAGGGUGAGGGAGAAGGCCAACAGCAUGGUGAUCUCACGCACAGUCACCAUGUCGCGUCGAGGGAGGAAGGACGGCUGACGAGUGAGGUAAGUGAUGCGGAGGGGCUGAAUAUCAGAGAUCUGGCCUUCACGCGUGGCAGGGGGUGAGGAGGAAGCCGGAAG